UGGUACUGAGUACUUCACCCUGUCACUGUUCCACUAAAGCAUUACAGUCCACGUCUCCUGACGUUUUCAGAAAUAAAACUGAAAUGACUGAAAAGUCUCACUGGCAAAACACAAGAUCCCAAGAGUGCUGCUUGUAUAAAGUGCAUCAUUUUAUAUUUUACUGUAUAAAAUAUACAGUGAUCAACUAAAAGAGAAUAUAAAUCAACUUCAGGGUGAUAACAGUGACUCCACAGUCGGUUUUAUGCAUUACACAUUCAUGUUCACACUGUAAACAUUCUGUGCAGUGGUGUAUUUAUAGACGCUUCAUUUGUUCAUUGUUUCCCAGAAACGCAGCCUGAGCCCUAAAAGUGAAAGUAAAAGUACCAGAUAAAAAACAAGCUGUGGUUUGCACUUUGUCCACCAACGAAUUCAGUCCAGAGCGUGUAACUCGGCUGAGAUCCCCCUUCAAAAUGACCCAAGAGAUAAUCAGAUUUUUUGUCAUGGUCCUUGGGAACACCAUGAAUUCCCACAAGACCUUCAUGGAGCGUCUGACAAUUUCACAAAAACUUCGUGAAGUGAAGUCGGUGAACAACAGUGAUGUCAUCAUUGCUUUUGUCCCAGUUGUGUCUCGAGCUGGAACUGACAUUGGAGCUGCAAUGGCCAAAAUUCCUCAGGGUAAGCCUGUCGUUCUCGUGGUGCUCCACCACACAUUCGAUCAGGAUUACAUCGCUCCGGACAGCAGACUCUGUGUGAACAGGAAGUAUGUGUUUGCUGUAGAUUGUCUCUAUCAUGAAGACCAAGGUCUGCUGAAUUGCCUGCGCAAUGACGACGCGAUCAGAGCCGUGAAGAAGCACCUGAGAUGCGACGACCACAUUGAGGACGACUCCAGCUGUGCAAGCUGUGUUGGGUUCCAUCUAUGUAAAUCCGAUGCAGAAACUGGGGGGCGAUCCACCCUCAAUUUCCAAGCCAUGCUUAUACCAGUUCAUCCACGGCCAUCCCGAAGACGUUGCAUCUGUUUGGGUGUCUCUGCUUUUGUUGUUGUUGUUAUUGUUCUAGUUAUUCUCUUUCUCAUUCUGAACAGUGACGGACAUGGUGACACUCAAACUACGGUGAUACCUCCUAUAACUGUAGCUACACAUCAGCCUAACAUAACUGUAGCUACACAGCAGCGUAAGAAACGAUCCCUUCAGAGAGGCCGAGGCUAAUUCAUUAGUUUGGUGAACACCCAAGACUGUUGGGUUCGAGAUGAAAAGAUGGAGAUGAAACGAGAGUUUAGGAUUUCAGCUUUUAUUUCCUGGUGUUUACAUCUAGACGUGUUAAACAUAAAACAUACAACCUUUUGUAUCAGACCACCCACUUUUUAGGUGAGCAAAAGUAUAGGAACAGAUAAGUCUUGAAGUAAAUGAAAGUAAAUAACACUUAACAUUCGGCUGCGUGUCCCUUGCUUGAAAAAACUCAUCAAACUGCAUCAAUCCUGUGACUCACUGACACUUGUGUUGCUUCUCCAGGUUUUUACUGCAGCUUCGUUCAGUAGUUGUGUGUUUCGGGGGUUUCUCCCUUCAGUCUCCUCUUCAGGAGGUGAAAUGAUCAGUUGGGUGAAGGUCUGGUGAUGGACUUGUCCAGUCUAAAACCUUCCACUUUCCCCCUGAUGAAGUCCUGUGUUGAGGUGGAAGUGUGUUUUGGAUCGUUGUCUCGCUGCAUGAUGAAGUUCCUCUGAUUCAUUCGGAUGGAUUUCUCUGUAAAUCUGCAGACAGAACGUUCCUGUACAGUUCUGAAUUCAUUCUGCUGCUCCAUCAUGAGUUCAUCAUCAAUAAAGAUCAGUGAGAAUGUUCCAGAAGCAGCCAUGCAAGCCCAAGCCAUGACGCUACCUCCACCAUGUUCCACAGAUCAGCUCGUAUGUUCUGGAUCAUGAGCAGAUCCUUUCUUUCUCCACACUUUGGACUUUCCAUCACUUUGGUAGAGGUUCGUCUUGUUCCAGAACUUUUGUGGAUCAUCUCUGUAUUUCUUUGCCAAUUCCAAUUUGACUUUCUGACUCGUACUGCUGAUGACUGGUUUGCAUCUUGUGGUACGGCCUCGAUAUUUCUGCUCUCGAAGACUUCUUCAAACGGUGGCUUGUGAUGCCUUCAAUUCUGCCCUGUGGAGCUUGUUGGUGAUGUCACUGACAGUUGUUGUUGGGUUUGUCUUCACAGCUCUCUGUCAUCACCUGCUGUUGUUUUCCUUGACUGACCCGUUCGGUGUCUGUUCCUCAGUACACCAGCUGUUUCUUUCAUUUUCAUGACAUUCCAAAUUGUUGUAUUGGCUUUACCCAGUGUUUCUGCAAAGGCUUUGAUUGAUUUUCCCUCUUUCCCAGCUUCAAAAUGGCUCGCUUUUCUCCCCUAGACAGCUCUCCGAUCUUCAUGUUGGCUUAUCCUUUAUAACAACAUAUGCAGUCUUCACAGGUGAAACUGACGAGUAGAUGUUCAGAGCUAUUUAUUGUUUAAACAGUCGAUCUAACAGGACACACCUGGGGAACAAGAAACACCCGUCAGUCACGUGUUCCAAUGUUUUUGCUCCCUUACAAAUUGGGUGGUCUGAUACAAACUGUGCUAUGUUCUGUAUCUAUAUAUAAAUACCAGGAAAUAAAAGCUGAAAUUCUAAACUCUCUUCUCAUAUUCAUCUUUUAAUCUCAAAACCAAAUGUCUUCACUCUACAGCAAAAAAAAAUGAACUGGCUUCGCCGUUCCAAUAUUUUUGGAGGGGGACUGUAACUGUGACUAUACAGCAGCUUAAUAUAAUGGUAAUAAACAUUAACUUAACGUACUGGCGAAUAAACAGCGGCCUAAUAUAACUCUAAUUAUACAGCAGCCUGACAUAAUGGCAACAAAAUAGCAACGUAAUCUAACUAUAACUGCACAACAAACAUAAAAUAAACACUAAUCUUUCUUCUAAAUACUUUUUAAAAUUUCAUCAAUUCUUUUGAAUCAGCUUCAUUUUCAUUACAGUUAGAACUUUUCCUUUCAAACCUGUUGUGAGUAUUUUGACAUCAAUCAUUAUGCAAUCAUCGUAACAUAUACUUUAUAUACAUAUAAAGGAUUCUUUGAUUAAUAAAGGUUUCAUGUAGAACCUUACAACAGAGAUUUUCUGUUUCUGAGAGGGUUCUAGGUUGAACCACUGUUAGGGUGUAGUAAAUGAAGAAUUGCUUACGCAAAACUAGUAUGACUUGAUAUUACCUUGUAAUUGUUCAUAAGUUUAAGAUUACCUCCACUAUAUUUAAUGUUACUCCACUAUAUUUUGUAGUUUCUAUAUUUAAUGCUUAUUAAAUGCACAGAACAUUAAAAUCGGAAACGAAGUCUGACAAGAAUGUAACAGAAUAUAACAAGACUGAAUCUGUGUGUAAAGACUUCAUGAAUGUUUGUUUCUAAUCAAUAAAAUUCUCAUACGCUUA